UUGGUUAAGCUCAUCAAUCGCCCUGCCAACGCCGACGCAGCUCGAACACGAACGCGAUGCAGCAAUAUUUUUUCUUAUUCGCGCUCAUAGUGUGGCUCUGUGGUGUAAGUGAAGCGACUUCACCGCAAGUUUGUGGCUAUACAGCGCUCAAUGGUAGCACAGUAUUUCUGAGGUAUUACCCCGGCAUCAAGGAAGGUGAUGAAUUUAUCGAUUAUGGCAGUGGCGAAGAUGGUAUUUGCAGGCAGCGCGCAGUGUGUUUGGAAACUUACGAAACGAAAGUAGAAUCCUGCAAUGAUAACAAAGUGGACUGCAUUAACCGCAACACCGUUAAAUCAGCAUUCCCCGCUUGCUGUGUGAAGUGUUGAGAGAAGAGCAGAGAAAUUUAUAAAUAAUUGCAAGCAAACAAUGCAAGAACUUAAAAAAUUUCUAUAGAAGUUUUAUGUUUAAA